UAUAUUUUUUUCUUCUCCCUACAAUCACUUCUACUUCUGCUAAGGCCUAAUGCUCUAAACUCAACUCCGUGAUUUUCUCGUCAUUUUCUUUUCUUUUCUCGGAAACCAAACAGACUGUACGUCUUCCGUCAGGCCUUUUUCUGGAGAUUUGACUUGAGAAGAUGUUUGGGUUCUCUCGGAGGCGGAUGAAGCUGGGAAGAUUGAAAGUUCAGCUUGCAGACUCUGCUCAGGGAACUAGAAGUCCUAUAAAACAGUCUAAGCGCACUAGCAAUACGAAUAAUGGAGAAUCAGGUGGACGUGCUAGUGGUCAAUCCGAUGAACUCAACUGUCAGUAUUCAUCGGAUGCGCCUGAGGCGAACAACACUACAACUGGGAAAUCUGAGAAUUGGAUGGUGCUGUCAAUUGCUGGGGAUAAGCCUACGCCUCGGUUCAAUCAUGCAGCAGCUGUAAUUGGGAACAAGAUGGUAGUGGUUGGUGGUGAAUCUGAAAAUGGAUUAUUAGAAGAUGUACAGGUGCUUAAUUUUGAUAGAUUUACCUGGAGUGCUGCUUCGUCAAAGAUUUACUUGUCACCUACCAGUCUACCACUGAAGAUCCCUGCAUGCAAGGGUCAUAGUCUGGUAUCUUGGGGCCAGAAGGUUCUCUUAGUUGGAGGAAAAACUGAACCUGGGAGUGAAAGAGUUUCAGUGUGGGCAUUUGACAUAGAAACAGAGUGUUGGUCACUAAUGGAAGCAAAGGGAGACAUACCGGUUGCUCGCAGUGGUCACACUGUGGUCAGAGCAAGCUCUGUCUUAAUCCUAUUUGGGGGUGAAGAUUCUAAAAGAAGGAAACUCAAUGAUCUACAUAUGUUUGAUCUAAAGUCUUUGACAUGGCUCCCUCUUCAUUGCACAGGAACGGGGCCCUCCCCAAGAUCCAAUCAUGUGGCAGCUCUCUAUGAUGAUAAAAUUCUUCUUAUUUUCGGAGGAGGAUCAAAAUCUAGGACUCUGAAUGACUUGUACUCUCUUGACUUUGAAACGAUGAUAUGGUCAAGAAUUAAGAAGAAACGAGGAUUUCCAUCACCUAGAGCUGGUUGUUGUGGAGUUUUAUGUGGAACUAAAUGGUAUAUAGCAGGGGGUGGAAGCAGGAAAAAACGACAUGCAGAGACCUUGAUCUAUGAUGUGUUAAAAGUGGAGUGGUCUGUUAUUGCAGGACCAACUUCUUCUAUUACCACCAACAAGGGAUUCAGCCUAGUGCUUGUGCAGCACAAAGAAAAGGAUUUCCUUGUUGCAUUUGGGGGAACCAAAAAGGAGCCAUCAAAUGAGGUUGAAGUAUUAAUCAAGGAAAAGAAUGAAGUAUCCAUAAGUCGGCGGUCUACCCUGAAUAAAGGUUCAGAACUUUUUCUGUCUGAGAAUCGUUCAUCAUCUGCAGGAUUGGCUUCUCAACUCGGUAAUGGUGCUCCCCAGCAUCCAGUUGAAUCUGUUGUGAGGCAAAAUCUAGCAUCUGCAAUUGAACAGCAUGGCUCUGGUAGGAAAUCUCUGUCAGAGUCCUCACUUGUUGAUCCAAAUCCUGCUCCUGGCAAUGUUUCACUCCGCAAGCAAUUUCAUAAUGAGGAAGAGUAUAACACAGCUGUUAAGACAUUAAGGAGUCUAGAAGAUGAAUGUUAUUCUUCACAGGCAAGUGAACACAGAAUGAAAUUGUUUGAUACUGGAAUCCAUGGUAGCCUUGCUGGAUGUAAAAUCAACGUGGACGAGAUUCCUUCUGUAUUGGACUCAGAAAACUCAAAUGCAUACAACCAAGGAAAUGGGAACCUCCUAGUUGAUAAUGAUGAUGAAGUAUUCCCAGAAAGUCAUGGUAAAUCAGUAGCACUUUCGGCACCAUCAAGCAUAUAUCAAUUGUAUGAAACAAAAAUGGCUGCCCUAAUAAGAAAGAAUGGAAUUUUAGAAGGACAGUUAACAGCUGCAUUGGCAAGCAGAGAAGCUGUGGAGAAAAAUUUAUCCUCUGUUCUCAAAAGUAGACAGGAAAUGGAGAAAAAACUGGCUGACACAUUGAAGGAAAUGGAGAUGCUGAAAGAGAAGUUGGGAGGUGUAGAGCUAGCACAAGAAGAGGCCAACAACCUGUCCAACAUAGUCCACUCUGACAAUGUAAGGCUUGAACAUGAUGUGGCUUUCCUUAAGGCGGUUUUAGAUGAUACCCAAAAGGAGCUUCAUUCAACUAGAGGAGUGCUUGCAGGAGAGAGGGCAAGAGCAUUCCAACUGCAGGUUGAAGUUUUCCAUCUCAAACAAAGGUUGCAGUCCAUGGAGAAUCGAGCGCCAACUCCCAGGAAACCUUUCCACGUGUAGUAUCAAGAAACAUUUUGUAUGAACCUGAGGAACUCGAUCUUGUGUACAUAUUUAUAUAUUUGCUGAAUCUACUUACAUGGUUGCUCAGAUGUAAUAAAUUUGCUUCCAUGCCUGUAUUGUAAAUCUCUGGAUGAUGUAGCUGUAAAUGUAACUACAUACCAAUCCAUUAUCCGUCAGCUGUAUUUUGUAACA